CCCCCGGGGUCCGGUGGCCCGGCCCUCCCGGCCGCUCCCAUGGGCGCCCCUGGCCCGCGACAUGCCUGAGGGGGAGCCGCGAUGGGCCAAGGCGACGACAGCGACCGCAUCGUGAUCAACGUGGGCGGGACGCGGCACCAAACCUACCGCAGCACGCUGCGCACCCUGCCCGGGACCCGGCUGGCCUGGCUGGCCGAGCCCGACGCCCACAGCCACUUCGACUAUGACCCGCGGGCGGACGAGUUCUUCUUCGACCGGCACCCGGGGGUGUUCGCCCACAUCCUGAACUACUACCGCACGGGCAAGCUGCACUGCCCGGCCGACGUGUGCGGCCCGCUGUACGAGGAGGAGCUGGCCUUCUGGGGCAUCGACGAGACCGACGUGGAGCCCUGCUGCUGGAUGACCUACCGGCAGCACCGCGACGCCGAGGAGGCCCUCGACAGCUUCGGGGGCGCCCCCCUGGACAACGGCGCCGACGACCCCGACAACGACGGCGGCGCCGGCGACUCCGGGGACGGCGAGGACGAGCUGGAGAUGACCAAGCGGCUGGCCCUCAGCGACUCCCCCGACGGACGCCCGGCCGGCUUCUGGAGGCGCUGGCAGCCCCGCGUCUGGGCGCUCUUCGAGGACCCCUACUCUUCGCGCUACGCUCGGUAUGUGGCUUUUGCCUCCCUCUUCUUCAUUCUGGUCUCCAUCACCACCUUCUGCCUGGAGACCCACGAGCGCUUUAACCCUAUUGUGAACAAAACGGAGAUUGAGAUCAUUAGAAACGGGACCCAGGUGCGCCACUACCGGGAAGCAGAGACAGAGGCCUUCCUGACUUAUAUCGAAGGGGUCUGCGUGGUCUGGUUUACGUUCGAGUUCCUGAUGCGCAUCGUUUUCUGCCCCAACAAGGUGGAGUUUAUCAAGAACUCUCUGAACAUCAUCGACUUUGUGGCCAUUCUGCCUUUCUACCUGGAGGUGGGACUCAGUGGCCUGUCUUCCAAAGCCGCUAAAGACGUCCUGGGCUUCCUGAGAGUCGUCCGGUUCGUGCGAAUCCUGCGCAUUUUCAAGCUGACCCGCCAUUUUGUAGGCUUGCGGGUCCUGGGACAUACCCUCCGGGCCAGCACGAAUGAAUUCUUGCUGCUCAUCAUUUUCUUGGCCCUGGGGGUCUUAAUCUUCGCCACAAUGAUCUACUAUGCCGAGAGGAUAGGUGCUAAACCCAAUGACCCCAGUGCCAGCGAACACACUCACUUUAAAAACAUCCCCAUCGGCUUCUGGUGGGCCGUGGUCACCAUGACCACCCUGGGCUACGGAGACAUGUACCCUCAGACGUGGUCGGGGAUGCUGGUGGGGGCCCUCUGUGCUCUGGCCGGGGUGCUGACCAUCGCCAUGCCUGUCCCCGUCAUUGUGAACAAUUUCGGGAUGUAUUACUCCUUAGCCAUGGCUAAGCAGAAGCUACCAAAGAAAAAAAAGAAGCACAUCCCAAGACCUCCGCAGCUGGGAUCCCCCAAUUACUGUAAAUCGGUCCUAAACUCUCCGCACCACAGUACUCAGAGUGACACAUGCCCGCUCGCCCAGGAAGAGAUUUUAGAAAUGAACAGAGCAGAUUCGAAACUGAAUGGUGAGGUGGCCAAGGCGGCGCUAGCCAACGAAGACUGUCCACACAUAGACCAGGCCCUAACGCCCGAUGAGGGCCUUCCCUUUACCCGCUCGGGCACCCGGGAGAGAUACGGACCCUGCUUCCUCUUAUCAACCGGGGAAUAUCCAUGCCCGCCUGAUGGAGGAAUAAGAAAGGAUCUUUGCAAAGAAAGCCCUGUCAUUGCUAAGUAUAUGCCAACAGAGGCAGUCAGAGUGACUUGACAAGGCGAGAUGGCACUGGACAUUGAUGGCUAAUAAACACCGGGGUGGAACUGUGCCAGGCUUAGAAGAUCUCCUCAUUUGGACAAAGUAAACUCGCUCCAUUCAGAUUUUCAGGAUGAUUCAACGUGGUUUCGGAGUUGUACUAGGAUGCAGGCUUUUUCUACGGCCAAAACGGAACAAACUGUAGAUGAUUUCUUUUUUCUUUUCUUUUUUGGGC